AAAUGUAGCGAUGAUUCAACUUCACAAUCUGGAAAUGUGGUAUACUAAUUAGGGUCGGUCAUAUCAAAGGGAUGGAGGAAAAUAAUUCUUACACUAACUAGUUGAUGCCAUUAGCAAUUUAGAAGAAAAUGGAAUAUAAACAACUUGCUGUUUAUAUUCAGCUGAUGAUGUUUUCAGAAUGGCUAAAUCUUUUGAGGGAGUAUUCUUUGGCACAUUAGAGGUUAUAAAAUUCAGGUUUUCAGCUUGAUUUUGGAUGACUGGUCUUUUUGUCAACUUAAUUAAACCUCCACUUUAUCCUACCGGAUGAGAAUGCUUUCUGAUUUAAAUCAGACUUAUGUGUUCCACGAUAAACUUUGUAAUUUUUCUCUCUUUUGUUCCUUAGGUCGUCUUCUUUCAUGGCGCCUUCCCUUUCUCUGUUCUUCUCCGUUGCUUGUUCCCUUUCUUGUAGAUGAUGCCUAUGAAUCUUCUCUGGACUCUAUGAUUCUGCCUUGCAGUUCCACAUAUGUAAUAGUCAGACUGGGUAGAUGGAAGCAGAUGGCCGAUCAACGUCCUCCUGCUGCUGUUGUCAAUUGCCUGAUCACUAUACCCAAUUUGGACAGCCGUCACUGCUCAGCCUGUGGUAGAUGAGACCUUCGAACGCGAGCCUCCAAGUGGACCGGUCCGAAAACAUAAACCCAAAUUGGCACGAGAAUGUGCUGAUUCAAUCGGGCGAAUUCGAAAUCGAACCGAUUUGCGCUUAUAAUCCAAUCAACCCAAAGCAGAGCGAGUCGCCAAGGCCAACGUUGAACGAAGACUCUCCCGACAUGGAGGGCGGAAGAAGGUGGGAGGAGAUGCCGGCGGACUGCCUGGUCGACAUCUUCCGGCGGCUCGGCCUCCACGACCUCACCCUCUCGGUGCCCUUCGUCUGCAGGUGCUGGCGGCGCGCCUCCCUCGAUCCCGGCUGCUGGCGGCGCCUCGACUUCCGGUCGCUUGACUUGAUGCCGUGGAGCCACUUCUCCAGGAGCUUCACCUCUUGCGACCGCCUCAGCAGCCUUUCCUUCUCCGCCUUCAUGAGGUUCGUGGUCGCCCGCAGCCGCGGCUCCGCGGCGGAGCUCCUCUUCCCCUUGUCCUUCGGCGCGUCGAUCCAAGACCUGACCUUCGUCUCGAUGAAAUGCCCGAGGUUGAAGCGUCUGGCUUUGCCUGAUAACUUUAUGCUAGAAGACGACCUGCUCAUCCCGGAGCUCGUCGGGCGAUGGAGAGACCUCGAGCAGCUCGAGAUGGAGACGAAGCCCUCCUCCUUCUUGGAGAUGAUCGCCGUGAUCGGCCGUAACUGUAGCAGGUUCGGCCGGUUGAAGGUGCGCGGUCUGAUCGGCAAGGAAGACGCGAAGGCCAUCGUGGAUUGUCUUCCGGACCUGAACCACUUGGAGCUGAGCAAAUCCUACUUGACGAAGGAGGAGUUGGUGGUGAUCGUAAAUGGCUGCAGAAAGCUAGAAAGAUUGACCGUGAAGGAUUGCCUGGGUCUUCAAGUGGACGAUGAGGUGGUCAGAUCGGCGUCAAGGAUCAAGUGCUUCGAACAUGAGGGUUCGAAGCUGCUUGAUGAUUAUGGAUAUGAGACAGAUGAAUCGGAGCAGCAAUCUGGAAUUUUCUACUGGUGAUGAAACCUACAUGUUUUCCGAGAAAAAAGUGGCCUAAAAGAAUGUUCAUUUCAUCUCUUAGUUAGGUGAGCUAACUAAGAAAAAGGAAUCGGUCAGGAUAAUUAGCUGUGUCUCAAACUUUGGUUUCAGAAGAUAAUUUAUGAGCCAGUGGAUGAGAUCUUUUAUGCUUCUAAA